UCUUUAUCAUUGUUAAUGGUUUACAUUCUCUUGAUUUUGUCCUUAAUUUGUUGACAGUAUCUUUACAAUUUACCUGUACGAGGAAAGAUCAUCCGUUGUCAGUUUUAAGGGUUUCAACGAUUACUGAAGAAGGAAUCCACGUAAUUAUACGAUGAACGAUUUGUACACGUAGUGCGUUUUCAUUGUAUUCACUUUCAACAUGUCCACUAAAAGCAGCACGAAGAGAGUAUUUCUAAUUACAGUUACCUUGGUGAUUUUGGCAUUAUUUAUUGCUGUUAUUGUACUAGCUGUCAGGAAACGAGAAUGCGAUAAUAAAGGCAAUGAUGUACAUGCACCAAUAGUUUCUGUCCAAAACAGGUACUAUAUUCUUGACAAUUUUAAGAAAGACGAUGGGAUAAACAUCCGAUGGCUUCCGAAUGUAAACAGUCGGACUCAAAUUGAUACUGCCAUAUCGAUAGGCAAAUACAACAUGAUAGAAGUAAUUAUACAAACUGCAAGCGGAAAUGAUCUUGUUAUUGGAGGGACUGAUGGUAUUAAACUCCUUGACACAAUUAAACUGUUGAGCGCUGCUGGUAUUGGCAUUAAGAUAAAUGUGAAGAAUAAUAUUGAAGCUGAAGCGGUUCUAAGUACUUUAAGAAAAGUACUCUUAGACAAACCAGUCUUGAUUUCCAUUCCAAUCUUGUCUCCAAGUACCAGUUUUGACUUGGACAGGUUUAAGAAAGAUUUGUCUGCUUUACAAGUAAUGGACAAUUACAUUGGAAUAAAUCUUUUUAUUUCAAAAACAUUUUGUGAUCUGUAUGGGAUAGAAUACGGUACUUCCGAAUACAUUAGUGACCUGAUAAAAAACCUUGCUUUUCCUGUAACGAAGGUUACGGUAGAAAUGGAAGUUGACACUGUACAAUCAUCAUGGAAGGGUAUAAAAUGGAUUUUAGAUACCAACCCAAGUGUGAAACUCAUAAUUUCUUCAAAUUCAUUGAGAUUCAACGUCACAUCAUUUGAUUUACUUUUGUUGAGGAACGAUGCAGACAAAGACAAAUUGUUAUACAACAUUGAUGAAGCCAUGUUUCAAGAUUUUGUAGAUGUUUCAUCAACUGCCGGAAGUCCUCUACUAUAUUUUAAUAUUGCUCCACGUGACGCAAGUGGUAUACUUUGGAGCCAUAACACAGAUACAUGGCAUUUAUUAAAUACUGCCACACAAGGUAAUGUUAUGAUGAUAGAAGGUGACAUCAUGUUACUUGGACAAGAUACAUCUAACAAAACGAACAUUCCUAUAAUGGCUCAUGAUGUCGGGGAUUACAACAAUAUUACAUUCGAACAAUGGAUCGACGAAAUUAUCAAGGUCGAUAAAGGCAUGAAACUCGAUCUUAAAACUAUUGACGCAGUUAAGCCAACAUUACAGAUUGUGUCAAAGAAGAGUCCCAGGAUCAAAGGUCCGGUAUGGGCAAAUGCUGAUAUACUUAAAGGUCCGGAUGGCACAGAUCCCCGCAUUCCUGCAGACGCGUUUUUGGAGGCAAUUCGGGAAUUUCCGAACGUUGUUCUUUCGCUUGGUUGGACAACUAAAAGGAAGGGAGAUAAUUACAACUUAAACUAUACAAUGGAAAUGGUACAGGAAAUGUAUAAUAUUGUGAAAGAUUUAGAACAGCCAAUCACAUUUCCUGUUAGAGCAGAGCAGCUGAUUAACUCUUUAGAUUCUUUUGAAUGGUUACUUGGGAAGUCCCGAGGUUACACUUUAACGGUUUGGACAGCACACAAUGACAAUGUAACAAAAGCCGAUAUGGACUUUGCACGAAGAAAACUUGAAGCAUCGCGUAUAUACUUUGAUCUUCCAAGAGAAUUAAGACCCACUUUUGUUUGAUAUUACAAAAAAGAGCGUAAAUCUCUCAAAUGUACAAUAAUAGUUGCAAAUAGAAAAUAAUAUUUUAAGUUACACGAUAUCAUGAUUAUUUCCAAGUAAAAAUACUAUUAUUUUUGUUAUAAAAUAGGAUAUCUUAAGCUUCUAGUAUAGUGUUGUGCAGACAGAUUUUUAUAAUCUUCGUUUGUUUAUCUUUUGACCAUUGAACAAUGUUGAAAACUGACGUCAUACAACAACCGUUUCGAUAUUUUCUGGUGUAACAAUGAACCUUUACGUUUGUGAUGUCCAGUAAUGGCGAACAAGUAGCGAUAAUGGAAAUAUGUGGUAAGCACCUUCCAUAAAAGGAAAUACGAAAAUAAAAAUCAUCAGUCGAAAAAGACGAUCCGCACCCUAUCCAGAGAUAUAAAACACAUGAGUACAACAGCCCAUAGAACACCACUUAAAUUAAACACCUACUUAAAACUUGAAGUAAACUCAAUUGCUAGACAAAGGUUCUGUUCCUUUAACUGGAAAGAUGACUAAAUACUGUUGAUCUGCAAUAUAACAACAAAUAGAGAAAUUAAAAAUCAACAGGUGGGAUUUACAAUAAAAAUAAUGUGUUUGUAGUUGUUUUGUAUUGGUGUCGUGUCAAUAAAUACUCCCGAUGAAGUAUAGAAAUAUACAUAUGAUUAAAAAUAAUAAGAAUAUGGCUAGUCUUUUUAUGCUUUUCUCCCUUGUAACACUGUAAUACCUUGCACCACUAUAUAAUACCUGCCGGCACUGCAUAAUACCUUGCGCCACUGUAGAUAUUUUUUUUUUGAAAUGAAAUAAAAUAAUUUGUAUAUUGUUCCUGCAAUAGUCUAAACAUAUAGAACACGCCUGAUAAACCAUCAAAACUCAA